AUGUUUGACUUGUCUCGUGGAGAUUUAUUAAAACCUUCAAAUUCAAGAGGAAAUCCGAUUUAUAGAUUACCAUUGAAUCAGACUGAUUUAGAAAACUACAAGAACACUAGAUAUUCAAAGAAUUCGCCAUACGCUUCUCGAAAUGAAACCCCAUUAUCUUCUGAUAAGCCUAAUGGAAAUUGCAAAAUGGACACCGAAGAAUCUAAAGAAAAUAAAUCCAAGGAAAACAUAUAUGUAAAUGCCAAAGGCAAUAAGAUAUUUUAUGAAAAGAAACGGGAUACUCUAUUGCAUCGACAACCAUUAGAGUCAAGUGUUGCAACAGCUAGAUCCAGUAUAACUUCCGAAUUUUACCAUACAAAAUUAAAACCAAAUAUUGAAAAGCAAGAUCUGUGUACAACCUUGCUUUCGGAUUUAUUGAAUCCUGAGUCUAUAAGUAGAAGUGUACUAAUAUUGAACCAACCAUUGGCGGAUGAAAACUCGAAAUUAGACUUAUCAACUUUGCCGAAAAGACAAAAUACUCUGGCAGCUCCAUUUUGUAACGAAGCUAACUCUUAUGAGGAAGUUGAUGACGAUUCUAUGUUGUUAAAUUUAUUGACGGAAGAAAUAAAGUCAAUUGAUAAGGAUUAUAAAGAGGCCUCAGCUUCACGAGUGCCGGUUUUAAGAAAGUUCUUAAAUGGUUUGAAGUAUUACUUUCCGAAGUAUGAGGCAAGACAAAGGCGCCGGAUUAAUAGUUAA